AUGGCCGUAUCGAAGUCCUUCUACGCAAUCGUAGCCGGCGUCGGCGCAGGCACGGGCCGCUCCGUCGCCUUGCGCUUCGCCCAGGCCUACCCUGUUGUGCUGCUAGCCCGCAACCCGGCGAAUUACGAAGACAUCGUCUCAGAGAUCGAGCAGCAAGGCGGCGAGGCGCUGGGCAUCAGCGCGGAUACCUCAGACCAGGCAGCAAUCACAUCCGCGUUUGCGAAGAUCAAGACCGAGUUUGAGGGGCGCGGGUUGGGGCUGGCUGCUGCUGUUUACAAUGUCGGCGGCGGAUUCGCAGUCAAGCCCUUCCUCGAGUUGACGGCAUCCGACCUCGACGCCGGCCUCGACAGCAAUGCACGCGGCCUCUUCCACUUCGCGCAAGCCACCCUCCCCUCCCUCCUCGCCUCGGUCCCGACGUCCCCACACCCACCAACGCUCCUCGUGACGGGGGCGACGGCGUCGGUGCGGGGGUCGCCGCGGUUCGCGGCGUUCGCGGCCGGCAAGUUCGCGGGGCGGGCGCUGGGCCAGAGCCUGGCGCGCGAGUUCGGGCCCCGUGGUGUCCAUGUGGCUCAUGUGAUUGUGGACGGCGUGAUUGAUAUCCCGAGGACGAAGGGGUAUAACGUAAAUGAGGGGAAGGAGGAUGGGAAGAUUAGUCCGGAUGCGAUUGCCGACAGCUACUGGCAUUUGCAUACGCAGCAUCGCUCGAGCUUCACGCAGGAGCUGGAUCUGAGACCGUAUGUUGAGAAGUUUUGA